UUAGGACACCUGCGUUACUUCUUGACAGAUGUACCGCCUCAGUCAAACUCAUCGCCUGACACAGUCCUCGCAGCGAAUCGUCCCGAGGCGCAAGAACUAGCUCCCACUUAUACUACACUUCUCAUGUCUCUUCACAGAGUCAGACUAGAGUCAAGCUCAGCAGGGUCUGAUUUCUCCACUUAUUUUUCCAAGUCCGUUCCCUUGGCUGUGGUUUCGCUAGAUAGUAGAUAG